GAAUGCCAAAAACAAGACUGGAAAGAGCACAAGAAUUCAUGUAAAGCCAUUGUACCUAAUUUCGAAAAAGAGUAUGCUGUAAAAUAUUCGAACGAAAAAAAUCAAGUGAAACUUCUUAGAGAGAUACAGAUGAACAUGCAAUAUAAUGAAGACUUCAUAAAUACGAUUAAUCAAUCCAAUUCUCAGCACAGUAUGCAAAGAUGGCGUACAUGGUCUGAUGAACUUAGAAAAUUUCUCUCAUCCCCCAGACAAAUUGGGGAUAUUUUUCCCAGAACAACAAAUUUACCGUAUUUUCCGGAUAUGGGAGGAUGUGCUCUUAGUUUUAGUAACACGCCGAAGAAUGAUAAAUUGAGACUUAGUCAAGGAAAAGUUCAUGUUGCUGUUGGAUUUGUAGACUUGGACUUACUUUUACAAGCAACAAUUAUGCAAAACGAGGACUUUGUAGAACAACCAGCCAAAUUCAUUGGUUAUGAAGGAUCCGUUUACGCAGUAGCAAAGACCAAUGUAAUUGUAGAAAUGAUUAUUGGAAAAGCAACAAUUAGAUCAAUCAUAGAAGCUUGGUUUUCUGCUGUUUGGACAAAGGAAACCUUAGAGCACUUUAAGAAUGCUGUCAACAACAUCAUGAAAUUAGGAAAUGCACCAGUUGACAGCCCACCCAACCCUACAAAAAGGGAACUUGAUCCAGAAGUUAGCUCACUAAUCUCUCAUUGGAGUAAAUCAGUCGAAUCACCAAAAUCCCGGAAAAAUGCACAUAAACUUUGGGCAAGUGUAUUUGAUAAAACAGACUCUAUAUUUGCUAUU